CCCAUAUCCAUUUCAUCCCCUUAUUUCAAAUCUGCGUUGGAUUCCCUUUCUCUCUGAGUUUUUUUUUUUCCCUUUUUGGUUUGCUGUUUUGGGUGGCGAAAGGUUAAAGAUUCAAUCAUGUCGAUCGUGUUGGACAGGAUCGAAACAUCGGGGUUUGGGCGCGUGAUGAGAUGUGCCUGCGAUAUUUCUAGUUUCGAAUCCCCGCCGUCUACGGUGAAGGAAGUAAAGUGGUUGUCGAAGGCGGAGGAAGAAGAAGACUGGGGAGGUUCAUCCUCCACGACGACGACGUCUUCGAUCGGGAGGAAUAGCGAUGACGACGACUCUGGGAGAUCAUCGGACGGAGUAGAUUGCGAGGAAAACGAGGUUCAAAGCUCUUAUAAAGGUCCUUUAGAUAGGAUGAAUUCCAUCGAACAGGUUCUGCCCAUGAGAAGAAGCAUAUCGAGUUUCUACAAUGGAAAAUCGAGGUCAUACACGAGUUUAGCAGAAGCGAACUCAGUUUCCUCCAUUAAAGACAUAGCAAAGCCCGAGACUGCCUACACGAGAAGAAGACGAAACCUAUUAGCAAUCAACCAUAUAUGGGACAAAAACAGGAGCAAAAGACUCAUUCGACCAAUAAGUUCAAGCAAAAGCUCAUUGGCACUUGCCGUUGCAAUGAAUAGCUCCGAAACCGAUGGCUUUUCAAGCACAGGCGAAGAUUCUUCAUCGACUUCGAGCCCCCGGUUACCUCCGUUGCACCCGCAAAUGAGAACGACCGCAUCGUCACCGUGGCGGUCGUUGUCCUCGGCCGAUGUACGUGAAUAUAACUAACCUCCCUUUGAGGAAGAAUGAUUGAUGAUGAUUUGUUAAUAUAGUUGUUAUCAUACGGAGUUUGAUAUAUUUUCAUGACUAGCUCCUUGUUGAUCUUUGUUUACAAGGAGAUAAAUUGUUGCCUUUUUCAAGUUUUUGUGU